CAUCAAUGAAAAUAAAAGAAAAACCUUGCACACUUGUCCUAUUGAAGGGUUGUGGUAAAAUCCAAUAUUGCCAAUCUUUCAAAGAAAUGGUAAGUGUUGUUCAACACUGCAUGUAUCUUUUGCAAUGGUCAGCGAGCCUUUAACGUUCCACUUGUUGGCAUGUGGCCAAAGCAAAAUUGACAUGCUGAUGUAACUGGAGGCUGCACAAGGUGGGUCUUCCGAGCGAUGCUGCCAUGGUGACGGAGUCGUAUAUCUUGGCCACAGUGCAGGCUACGUUCCGUGUUCAUUGUAAGUCACUUUCCACUGACGGAAGCGCUUGUGUGCUGUAAAAUACUUCGUGUAUAACAUGACGUUAAAGCAUAAGAGCAUCGCUGACGCUGUCCACCACGUCACUUUCCACUGACGAAGAGCUUGUGUGCUGUAAAGUACUUCGUGUAUAACUUGACAUUGCAGCAUAAUAAAACAUCGCUGACGCUGCCCACCACAGAAACUUUCCUGGGCAAGGGUCGUGCAAAAUGCGACCAUCGUGGGCCCGGCUCGAGCGGCACUCCGACUCUGACUUACGGCUGAUUCGUGAUAGGAGCCGCUUCGAGAGGCCCACCCUUCAGAGAACCGAUACGCAUGUUCUCAUCGUCGAUACAACCUUUGAAUGCUACUCUGCGAUAUACAAACCCAACCUGUGUCCGGCCGUCUUAUUCCCAUCCACGUUAGUCCUUAGCGGCUUGAGCACUUUUCCGGUGCAAAACUGCAAAUAUAACAGGGCCAGAGGGAAUUAUGUAGCCUACACCCUCCUGACUUUUAGAGGCAACCUGAAGAGUCAGUCGUACCCAGACCCCUUGAUGGGAGCCUCCUGCUCCUUUCUUCAUAGGAUAUCGGAGUUGUCAUGGUUGGAGGGUGAGACAGCGACGCAGGAAAAGCUCAAGAAAAUGAGGAUAUCCAGAAAAGCCUCAUCAUCCUGACAAUCACUGCUACGCCAGUCAAAGUGGUCCAGGGGGGGAACAGACUUUAGGUUGAUGCCAAGAACGGGCGAGGGACAUCAAACCUUGAGGGCACCGUGUUCGUUUAGGUGGCUCCUUCUCUCUGCUCUUUUGUCUUCGCUCAUGCUAGUUUUCUGCCUGGUGUGGUUGACUGUUACAUUAUGUCAUUUAUGAACCUUUCACUGUCAAAAUCACUAUAUACAGUACUGUAUUGAGAGUAUUGUCUAUUGGUUUUGCAAACGUGAUUAAAGUGGCAUAUACAUGCAGUUUGCAGUACUGCGAAUACACAUGUAUUUUAAUGUGCAUUUUGUCUUCUCUCCAUCGGUCACAACUUUUCAUUUGAUGCUUAUACAUGGGUUAAACAUUAGAGUAUAGUCAUAGUCAACUGGUGGAAUGUGGACAGCUAGUAUAAAAUGAUAGGAGGGUCCUGGGUUUACAACUGCAGCGAGUUGACAAAUGUGAUCAAGUGCCACAAGAAGGCAUGCUCAGUUAGCUCCAUACUUACUGUUUUUUUAAUUUUAGUCUUUUAUAUGGGUGGCCUAGAAGUGUUUUAAUACAUACUGUAUUUA